AAAAAAAGAAAAGAAAAGAACAGAAAAAAGAAAAUAAACAAUCCGAGUCGACCUUCUUCCUUAAAAAAUUCAUUUUCCCUAAUUCACGCUCGGAGGGAGUGGCUCGGAAGAAGAUUAGCCCCCGUGAGAGGUUCGAAGAUCAAGGAUCGCGGCCCUAAGAUCAACCUGCACGGUUCGAAGAUCAAGGACCGCCGCUUGCAAGCAAUCAGGAAGGGAGCAUGAAACCGGAGGAUUCACGAACGAGGUCGUUGAGCAGUCGUUAAAAUAUCAGAUAGCAGCUGUGACCACGAUUCAUCGUGCUGGUUGAUCGUUCGCACAAGAAGGACACGAGGAAGUUCGUCGUGCGAUUUCAACGAUCGCCUGUAUAGUUUCCUCGGACCCGGAAGAAGGACCAAAACCACACCGUCGGUUCGAUCUUGUUCGAAGUUGAUCACCGACUAAGAUCCAUUUAGAAUCUCUCUUCACGAACUGAGAGAAAGAAAGAGAGACAGAGAGAGAGAGAGAGAGAAAGAGAGAGAGAGUCGUCUUUGCCCGACGAUUGAUCAAUCUUGCGAGGGUGGGGACGAUAAAGGGUGGGGUAAUUUGGGAAGGUUUGACGAUCAGCUUGACGAUAGUACAGUCACUGCUGAGGCAAGAAGAUGGAGAUGAGGUGCUUGCUGAUGAUCGUCGUGUUCCUUUGCGCCGCAAUGUCGCUGGCUUGUUGCCAGUCAAAUGGAAUUUCGUCCAGGACGAGUAUCGGUGAUGAUAACGACGAGAUUAGGAGGAGAUACGAGGCUGAUUACACGGACAGGAGCAACGAGGAGACUAUGCUCGAGAAUCACGAGACGGACCUGGACUCGGACGAUCCGUUCUACGAGCGGAUCGUCUCUUACAGGAGCAACAGGGCCAUCGAUGUUUUCAGGUCGACGGAAGCCAACACGAAACUGACCGAACAACCAGGCCAGAUGCCGAAUCUCCCCAAAUCGAGCACGAAAGCAACCGAGACGGUGGUCCGCGAGAAGGGUCGGCGACGUGUCGUCAACAAGAACGUGAUGAUCGGCGACGGGAUUUGCCAGAGCAUCGACAUCCGGAAUAGCGCGUCCGCUUUUGGAAUUCUGAAGGAUUGCCGCGUGAUCGAGGGCUUCCUGCAGAUCGUCCUUAUCGAGAAUAACUCCGAGAGGGACUUCCAACCGAUUAGCUUCCCGAAACUUCGCGAGAUCACUGGAUAUAUACUUCUUUAUCGCGUGAACGGAUUGAAGAGCCUCAGCAACCUGUUCCCGAACCUCGAGGUGAUCCGAGGAAACAUCUUGUUGACUGAUUACGCGUUCAUGGUGUACGAGAUGCAGAAUCUACAAGAGAUCGGCCUGAAGAAACUCACGGAGAUCUCGCGGGGCAGCGUACGGAUCGAGAAGAACCCGGCGUUGUGUUACACCACCACCCUCAACUGGGACUUCAUCGUCUCCGCGGGGGAGAUUGUGAUCAGAGAUAACGGGGAGGAGGCGUCUUGUCCCGUUUCAGGCACUUUCUACAAUGUGACGUGCAAGUGUAAGAGUUAUUAUGAGUGUACGAUUCUUUCAACAUCGUGUUCGUACGUUAAAGGAUGUUCCCACUGCCCCGAGGGUUACUGCUGGACUUCGCAAUAUUGUCAGAGAACAGAGAAGCCAAAGUGUCACGAUCAGUGUCUGGGCGAGUGUCAUGGGUCAACGGAAAGCGAAUGUUACGUAUGCAAGCAUUAUCGACACGAGGGGAAGUGCGUGGAAACAUGCCCUAGUCAUCUAUACUCCUAUCUCUCGAGACGCUGCGUCACGAAAGAUGAAUGUGUAGGAUUGAACCGUCUGAGGCGGGUAUAUUCCGUUCUUGAUGAUGAUCAGGCGUGGAGACCGUUCAAUGGAUCCUGCGUGACUCAUUGCCCCGACGGCUACGAGGAUGCACUCGACGAGAACAAUACGACCACGUGUCGCGCUUGCGUGAACAGCUGCCGGAAGGUCAGCCACGGCGCUUUGAUACGUCACAUCUCCGACGCGCAGAGUUUCCGUGGUAUAACCGUGGUGAAAGGCGCGCUGGAGUUCCAGAUACGAAACGGAAAUCCCAACAUAAUGAACGAGCUGAGCGAGGCGUUCGGCCGGGUCGAAGAAAUCACCGAAUACGUCAAGAUCAGCCACUCGUUCCCAAUCACUUCGUUGAACUUCUUCAAGAAGCUGAAGGUGAUCAAGGGUGAGAAACUGGACACCAAUAACGCCAGCCUGUCGGUACUCGACAAUCCCAACCUCUCGAGUCUGUUCCCACCAGGACAAGAGAUCAAGAUCGAGAAAGGCCGGCUGUUCUUCCAUUACAACCCGAAACUCUGCCUGUCCAAGAUCAUACAGUUCAGCCAGAUGGUGAACAUCACCAACUACACCGACCUCGAGAUACAGCCACAGUCGAACGGCGAGAAGGUAGCUUGCGACAUAGUGAACAUAAACAUCACGGUGAAAAAUCUGGGGCCCGAUUACGCGGAUUUAAUGUGGGACAGUUACGAGCCACCGGAGGGGCAGAAAUUGCUCAGUUAUCUGUUGAACUACAUCGAGACGGAGAAUCAGAAUAUCACGUACGAGAUGAACGCUUGCGGGGGCAACAACACUUGGCAGAUUGUUGACGUAGAUAUUCCGAAAUGGAACACCACGGUGUCGAAGCAUAUCAGCAGCCUGAAGCCGUACACCAAGUACGCCGUAUACGUGAAGACGCUCAACGCCAGAUCGAGCAAAUUCGUGGAACCGGUUGGCCAAUCGAGGAUCAUAUUCUUCAGGACGAGGAGCACCAUUCCGUCGCCACCGAUGAACGUGGUAUCUAUGCCCCUGAGCGACACCGAGAUUCUAGUCAAAUGGGAGCCACCGUUGUUCCCAAAUGGACCAAUAGGAUACUACAUGGUAUCCAGCGUCGUCAUCUACGAAGACGAUAGCUUAAUCUUCACGAGGGAUUACUGCAACGAUACGCUGGAGAACGAGUUGGAGUCUGGCCAACUGGUGCCUGACGUAACCGUGAAGACGCCAGUGGCGAAUCGGCUUUCGUGUUGCUCGAAGAACGCGAACGGUUAUGUCGUCACGUCGAAGAAGUUCGAGAUCUUUUGCCACGAGAACACGACCAUCAGCUACAUAUCACCCGGUUGGAAGGACUACUGCGUGUACAAUACGUACAACAACAACGUGGACGAUCAGUUCUACGAACUGACCAACAAUCUGUCCACACCUCGACCGGAGGACGAGGAAGAAGAGGAGGCGGAGGAGGAAGAAGAAGAGGUAGAGACCGACACGUUCAAAUCCAAAGGGCCGAACGUGAUGGACAAGCACGCGCUCACGUACAACGUGAGCGAUCGGAACAAGUUCGUGAUCAAGAAUCUUCGUCACUACACGCGCUACAUCAUCAGCAUAGCGGCGUGCGGCGUCAAGAUCAACAAGUCGAACCUGUGCUCGUCGAUUCAGUACACGUUCGCCAGGACGAAGAGGCGGGUUCGCGCGGACGACGUGAAAAACGUAAAGGUUCAGGUGACCAACAACACCAUCGUCGAGGUAUCUUGGGAUUCGGUGAAGGACCCGAAUGCCAUCACCGUCUCCUACACGAUCGAGUACACCAACCUGGACGUGAAAGACGCGAAGAAGAGCACCGAGUGUAUCCCGCGAACCGGCCGGAAAGACAGAUUGUCAACGGUGAACAGUUACUUCAUCAAGAACCUGAGUCCUGGAAAGUACAGUCUACGAGUGAGGUCCACGUCGCUGGCUGGCGAUGGCAGUUUCUCGAACGUCGUGUACUUCUCCAUAGGCCUGAGCAACGCCGCCCCGAUCACGUUAAUAGCGUCGAUCACGGCCGUUAUUCUGUUGGUGAUACUGACCGUUCUGUUCGCCUCGUUGAGAUACUAUCAGAAGAAGAAGAAGCAGGAGAGGCUGAUCGCCAGCGUGAACCCCGAUUACAUAGAGACCAAAUACGUGAUCGACGAGUGGGAGGUGCCUAGAGAGAGCGUGGAGAUCUUGGAGGAGCUUGGUUUGGGCAAUUUCGGGAUGGUGUACAGAGGUGUGUACGACAAGAACACGCCGGUGGCCAUCAAGACCAUCUCGAAGACGGCCAGUCCCAGGGAGAAGAACGAAUUCCUGAACGAAGCCUCGGUAAUGAAGAACUUCUCGACUUUUCACAUAAUCAAAUUGAUCGGCGUGGUGUCCAUCGAGAAUCCCCCGUUCGUCGUCAUGGAACUGAUGGAGAACGGAGAUUUAAAGACCUAUCUGCGGCGAAUUCGCGACACCCAUCUGGUGCCCGAUGCUUGCAGGAUCAUGAGAAUGGCGGCCGAGAUAGCCGACGGUAUGGCCUACUUGGAGUCGAAGAAGUACGUUCAUCGAGACUUGGCCGCGCGAAACUGCAUGGUGUCCAAGGACCUGGUGUGCAAGAUCGGGGAUUUCGGGAUGGCCAGGGACGUGUACGAGACGGACUACUACAAAAUCGGGAGGAAAGGCCUCCUCCCGAUCAGAUGGAUGGCACCGGAGAACCUGUCGGACGGUGUGUUCACGUCGGACUCGGACGUCUGGUCGUUCGGCGUUGUACUCUACGAGAUUCUAACCCUCGCGGAGAUUCCUUAUCAGGGUUUCUCCAACGAGGAAGUGCUCAGCCAUGUAUUGCACAAAGGGACCCUGAACAUACCGCGCAACUGUCCCGAGAACAUUCAAAAGAUCAUGGAGAAGUGCUUCAAAUGGCGGCCGAGCGAUCGUCCGACGUUUAUGGAGAUCGUGUCGGAGCUCGAGCCGUUCCUCGGCCAAGAUUUCUACGAGAAGUCGUUUUACCAUUCGACCGAGGGCGUGGAGAGCCGGAACUCGGGCAUAAAGAAGCCGUAUCAUCACGCGGCGCCUAUCAGGUUCCACUGGGCGAACGAGACGGCCAGAUGGGUGAAAGAGUUCGAGGACAACGUGACGCUGUUGGAUCAGACGAAGGCUGGCACUAGCAGAGGACGCAUCUUUAAAAACGGCUUCCAGCAUUUCGGUAAUGUAGCCAACAUGGAAGACGUGCCCCUCGAUCGAUGAGGUUCUAGGGUCGGUCUCUAGCGAAUUUCGCGAUGGUGUACGCACGUUCCUCCGGGACAAGUCCCCGGCAAGUCAAAAAACUCGUUUAGAUACGAUGUACAAAGGAUACUCAGGGCAAUGAAUCGCGAACGAGGGCCCAACGAGUUCGAUAGACGGGGAUAGGCAAGGAUCUUUUUAUCUUUUUUCUUUUUUUUUCUUUUUCUUUUUUUUUUUUUGUUUUUUUCUUUUUUGUUUCUUGCCAAUCUGACGAGUUCACGACGACACGUGAAAGAAUGAAAGAAAAAAAAGAAAAAAAAGAAAAAAAAGAAAAAGAAACUCGUUUGUCGGUGCUCGUUGAUUUUUUCGAUUAGGACCUUGAUAGCGACGAGCGACUAAGAAGAUCUAAGAAGAUCGCAGUGCGAAUACGUACUUCAUUUCGCGCCGAACGAAAGCAGUAUGCGUAAGCCUAAUCUAAAGACAUAGUCCAGCGAGACGCAGUGUUCUUUUUUCCUCUUUGUUUUGUUUUUUUUUUUUUUUUUUCUCUCUCCUAGAAAGCGCAACCAAAAGCUCUUAGCCAUGCAAGCCUGCGAACUUUGUUCAUUCCUCGAAAGGAUUGUUUCGUCCUUUCGCGCGGACAUUUCGUCGUUUCCUCUUUCUUUCUUAUUCUUAUUCUUCUUCUUCUUCUACGUUCUCUCUCUUAGAUUAGUGGUAGAUAGUGUUUUAGUCAUGCGUUUUUUUUUUUUUUUUUUUUCUUUUCGUUAAUUUGUAGCCUCGUACUGUUUAAAGAACUGAUUAACUAUACGCGUUAAAACACAAAGUCAGAGUUCUCGCAAGUGCAGCGAGCUCUUUGUUGCUCGACGUUCGUCGUGCUUUCGACUUCAAAACUGCCGUAUUUAAACUUUCGAAGUUUGGUGCUCGCUCAAGAUAAAACCAUCAAGGUAAAACGCGUUACUUAUCGUUAGCUAUUGAACUGAGAAAAAUUGAGUGUAGAACUCUGUUUGUAUGGCCGCCAUUUGUUCGAGACGGACGCUUAUUUGAAACUCCUAUCGUACGAAAGCUCGCCAAUGAAGGGGAAAGAACCGGCGAAAAUACCGCGCCGUGCUCCUUCCCCGCGGCAAGUUUAUAUAAAUGAAGUUCUACCGUGGAAAGAAAAGGCUUUUAAGAACCACCGGGAGGAAAAUGUUUGCCUACAGAUCGCAAUAAUUUAUCUUGAGGAGACGUCUGAACGACAGAAACUACCGAGCAACAAUGAACUUGCUGUUUUUCGCGAAGAAGCAAGCGGAAGAAGACACGCUCACGUUGUAGGUGUUUUUCGUCGUUGACAAAAAAAGUUCGCAAAACGACGGUUCGAUCAAAUGUUCGAAGCUUAUCGGAUCGUAUUUGUCGUGCUCCGUUUGCCAAGUUGAACUCGAUGGAUCAGGAUUUACACGUACGUAUACAUAUCUAUCGACAUUCUAUCAAAGAGAGGAAGACUAGCAAUACUGCGAAUUAAAGAAAAGAAAAAAAAAAAA